AUGUUUCAACAUCACCCGGUCUAUUUUCCUCAACCACAUUUUCAUGUUCAUUUACCUGGAUCGCCACACUCUCGGCCGCGGGCGGAUUCACUGCAGCUCUGUCCUCCACCGCACCUGUCCCCGCCGCACCCGUCUCUGUUGCACCUGUCCCCGCCGCACCCCUCUCUGUCGCACCUGUUCCCGCCGCACCCCUCUCUGUCGCACCUGUUCCCGCCGCACCCGUCUCUGUUUCACCUGUCCCCGCUGCACCCGUCUCUGUCGCACCUGUUCCCGCCGCACCCGUCUCUGUCGCACCUGUCCCCGCCGCUCCUGUCUCUGUCGCACCUGUUUCCGCCGCACCCCUCUCUGUCGCACCUGUUCCCGCCGCACCCGUCUAUGUUUCACCUGUCCCCGCUGCACCCGUCUCUGUCGCACCUGUUCCCGCCGCACCCGUCUCUGUCGCACCUGUCCCCGCCGCUCCUGUCUCUGUCGCACCUGUUCCCGCCGCACCCCUCUCUGUCGCACCUGUUCCCGCCGCACCCGUCUGUUUCACCUGUCCCCGCUGCACCCGUCUCUGUCGCACCUGUUCCCGCCGCACCCGUCUCUGUCGCACCUGUUCCCACCGCACCCGUCUCUGUCGCACCUGUCCCCGCCGCACCCGUCUCUGUCGCACCUGUUCCCGCCGCACCCGUCUCUGUCGCACCUGUCCCCGCCGCACCCGUCUCUGUCGCACCUGUCCCCGCCGCACCCGUCUCUGUCACACCUGUCCCCGCCGCACCCGUCUCUGUCACACCUGUUCCCGCCGCACCUGUCCCCGCCGCACCCGUCUCUGUCGCACCUGUUCCCGCCGCACCCGUCUCUGUCGCACCUGUCCCCGCCGCACCCGUCUCUGUCGCACCUGUCCCCGCCGCACCCGUCUCUGUCGCACCUGUUCCCGCUGCACCCGUCUCUGUCGCACCUGUCCCCGCUGCACCUGUCCCUGCCGCACCUGUCCCCGCAGCACCUGUCCCUGCCGCUCCAGUCUCUGUCGCACCUGUUCCCGUCGCACCCGUCUCUGUCGCACCUGUCCCCGCUGCACCUGUCCCCACCGCCCCCCCUCUGUUGCACCUGUUCCCGCUGCACCCGUCUCUGUCACACCUGUUCCCGCCGCACCUGUCUCUGUUGCACCUGUUCCCGCCGCACCUGUUUCUGUUGCACCUGUCCCCGCUGCUCCCGUCUCUGUCGCACCUGUUCCCGCCGCACCCGUCUCUGUCGCACCUGUUCCCGCUGCACCCGUCUCUGUCACACCUGUUCCCGCCGCACCUGUCUCUGUCGCACCUGUUCCCGCCGCACCUGUCUCUGUUGCACCUGUCCCCGCCGCUCCCGUCUCUGUCGCACCUGUUCCCGCCGCACCCGUCUCUGUCGCACCUGUUCCCGCCGCACCCGUCUCUGUCGCACCUGUUCCCGCCGCACCCGUCUCUGUCGCACCUGUUCCCGCCGCACCCGUCUCUGUCGCACCUGUUCCCACCGCACCUGUCUCUGUCACACCUGUUCCCGCCGCACCCGUCUCUGUCGCACCUGUUCCCGCCGCACCCGUCUCUGUCACACCUGUUCCCGCCGCACCUGUCUCUGUCGCACCUGUCUCUGUUGCACCUGUCCCCGCUGCACCUGUCCCCGCCGCUCCCGUCUCUGUCGCACCUGUUCCCGCCGCACCCGUCUCUGUCGCACCUGUUGCCGCUGCACCUGUCCCCACCGCACCCGUCUCUGUCGCCGGCCGAACAGCGUUUGACGGACCAGCCUCGACCGGCUCACUAA